AUGUACAAUCAGAAGAAGCACUUGUACGAUGUUGGUCUCUUGAAGCUUGAGAAGCCUUCCAAGCAGAAGACAGCGACGGUAUGUGCCGCUGACGGCUCCGACAAUCCGGUCGGCACAGAGGCUACUGUUUUAGGAUGGGGAAUGACUGAGGACGGAUCAGAGAGUCACACGCUUCAGGAGGUGAACGUGGCUGUUAUCUCUAAUGCGGAGUGCAACAAGCAGUACAACAACCGCAUCACGGAAGGAAUGAUGUGCGCUGGAAAUGGCGGUGGUAAAGACUCUUGCAACGGAGACUCAGGCGGGCCGCUGGUUACAAGUGAUGACACUCUGAUUGGUUUCGUCAGUUGGGGAGGCAAAUGCGGUGUCCACGCUGGUGUGUACACUCGUCUAACGUUCCAACUUCACCGACAGCACGGCGUCGUCUGGAUCGCCUACGCAGGAGACGUCGCUUGCGUCAUCUACUACUGGCUCGUCGGCUACACAAUCGUCGGGUGCUGGAUCACCCGAGACAUCAGGUGCAAGCUCCUCACUUGCGUCUAG